GAUAAGGCUGCAGUUUGUCAGACGUCAUCUGCAGACCAUCAAUAGGAGAGGUGCUGUGAGAAGCGGCUGAGAGUAAUUAAUCAGAAGGAAGUAAGACAGAGGCAGAGAGUGAGACACAUUUACCGCGGGACGGGGGGUAACUGGGGGCCGCAGAUCAGCAUGAGGUACCUGCUUGCCGUCGUCUGCCUCCUGCGAGCUUGGCGUGAUGCAAACUCCACUGAGGUGACAGGAUAUGAGGGAGGUGGAGUCAGCAUCAGGUGUAACUACUCACAAAAAUAUAAGGACAACAGUAAAUACCUGUGUAAAGGUGGCCGCAUGUCAUGUGAGGAUCUCAUUAAAACUGAGAAAAAUAAUGAGUGGGUGACAGAGGGGAGAUUUUCACUGUAUGACGACCCUGCAGUGGGAUUCUUCACCGUGAACAUCACUGGGUUACAGCUAACGGAUACUGGGACAUACUGGUGUGUGGUAGAUGUCAACUGGUGGCCUAAUACAUACACUGAAGUUUCUCUGAAUGUUCUGAAAGGACCAGACUCCACAAACACCACAAAGCCAACAGGAACAGCAACAACAGCAAUAAAAGGAACAGCAACAGACAGAACAAUUCAACCAACGGUAAUAUCAACUACACCGGCGAUUUCGGUGGCUGCAUCAGUAAAGCCUUCUGGAACCACACCCCGAAGGACCACAUCACCAGGUAAGCAGAUUAACCGUCAUUAUUACAGACUGUUUCCGGCUUAUGACUGGGUUCCGCUCUAACAUGACAGGUCGUAUGUCAAAAUGGACA